AUGGACUAUAGGAAUCUCCGCCUCGCCAUCUGCCUUGGAACCGUUGCGGCAUCUCUCUUGGCAGCUGUACAAUUCUGUUUUGUCUCCACUCCAACCAAAGUCCUUGUUGACAAGGCAGUGUCAGCUAUCAAGAGCACUCCGAUCGCGACAGCGACUGAAGCAACCUUGAAGAACGGUGAGGAUGGAGCACAACUGUUGGCCAGCUAUGUAUCCCAAUCCAAGUCAAGCCCCAUUCUAGAAUACAUUCGUCGACAACUAGACGAUGAGAAGGAAAAUGGUACUGCAUCGUCCUACCAAAAUUCCUACUGCGACCUGCAAGGUGGGGAUUGGUGUCCAACAGGGAAGGAUGCUUGGCAGCAAAAGGCUCCAGCUUUCAUGGUAUUGGGGGCCAAAAAAGCGGGCACGACAUCUUUGUUUGCAUCUCUUGUGCAGCAUCCACAGAUCAUCCCUGCUGUACGAAAGGAGACCUUAUUCUUCUCCCCCCGACGUUUCAAUUUCACAAGAUACCUUGGAGAAGAUGACAAGAAGGUAAAGGUUCAAACCAUCCGACAAGAUUACUUGUCUCUGUUCCGACCAGAUCCCUUGCAAAGAAAGGGAGAAGGCAAAGUUUCCUUUGAUGCUACACCCGGCAAUCUCUUGCAUUGGGACACUGCAGCACGCCCCAUCCUUUGCUCCUGUCCGUGGGUCAAGCUGCUAGUCAUUGUCCGAAAUCCGACCGAUCGAUUGUGGUCGAACUACAACUUCCAUAAAGAACAAGUCACGAAACAGGAGGCCAAAAAUGACACCAAUAAUAACUUCUAUUCCUUUGAAGAGUACGUCCGGAAUGAACUGCUGUUGAUGACAAGGUAUGGGCUUGUGGAGAAGAGUUCCCCUAGGACACAACAACAAGAACAAGAACAAUCCACCACCACACGACUUCCCAGUCUCGACGAUGCAGGCAUGGCCAAGGCAUGGUCGGCCUACACGGCGACCUGUCAGAGUGCGGUUGGGCGUGGUAUGUAUGUUCUCAACCUCUUGGGAUGGUUCAAACAGUUGCGUCUGAUGGGACGUGAUCCCAAGGAUGCACUUCGGAUUGUCCGACUGGAAGAUUUGAAAGGCAAUGACAAGGUAGCCUCUCAACUCCUGGAAGAAGUCACGGACUGGCUUGUGUUUGAUGGGGGCGUGGCAGCAUCAGACGGGGUGACGAAGCAACCACCAAAGAACAAAAAGCGCAGCUUUGUGCAUUUUAUGGAGACAUACAAACACUCUGUUAAAAAACCAGUCCUAUCGGAAACGACAAGAUCCAUGUUGGAUGAGUUUUAUGCCCCGUACAAUGAUCUUUUAUCACGUUUGCUGGAGGAUGAGCGUUGGUCUUAUCGACGGGGAGAACAGGGUAAACAACAGGGUGAAGAGCCAGUGGUUUGGCCUCGAAAUCUGGGAAUCCGAAAUGACGGGGAUGAGGGUCCAUUUUACCAUCCAACGUCGUCAGGCCAAUCGACAGGUAUUUGCAGUUCGACAUGA